ACCAUAGUGCUUUUGUAGGUAUUAACUACUUAGUUGUUUUUGUCGAUAAAAAAAAUGGUUUUUAAAAUAUUGAAAAACUCUUCUUUAAAAUCACUAAAAAUGUGUAGGUAUCAGCUUAAAAUUGUUUGGGCCCCUUUCAUUUUGGUACUUGAGAGGGCCCUGGGGCUUCCAGCCCGGCUAGACCCCCCUUAUCCGGCCUUGCGUGUCACACAAUAAUUUAUAAUCUAAUACACUGUUGCAGGCACGAAAGAACAGUCGUUCGUGUACGCGCUCAGCUCGGCCGCGCUGACGUACACCAUGACCAGGGACUGCGCGUCCGGAAUGUUGCCGAGCUGUGGGUGCGGUACCCACCCGGAAGACACGGACGGCACAUUUAAGUGGAGUGGAUGCGACGACAACGUCCGAUGGGGCGCCAAGUUCGCCAGACAGUUCGUGAAGAACGAAAUUCCUUUGGCGUCGGGCGAAUACAAUGGUGACGGCGACGAAGACUUGUCGGCCAACGCCAACGAAGAUGCAGUACGGCGCGAACAGAGAGCUAUGUCUAUAGUCGACGAACACAAUUACAAAAUAGGGCGAAAAGUGGUCUUGUCAAGUGUGAAAACCCAUUGCAAGUGUCACGGCAUGUCGGGAUCGUGUAACGUGAAAACGUGUUGGAGGGGUCUGCCGAACAAAUUCAUUGGGGUGGGCAUCAAAUUGUUGAAACUAUAUAAUAAAACACCGUUGAAAGUGGAAAUGGUUCAAGUCAUUCGAUUUGGACUUCCAAAACACACAGACAGUUCAUUAGUAUAUAUUACCGAAUCUUCAGAUUAUUGUAAUUAUGACCAGAGAGUAGGCAGUUAUGGGACAGUCGGCAGAAAGUGUAACUCCACAGCAAUUGGUACUGAAAAUUGUCUAGCCAUGUGCUGUGGCCGAGGCUACACUACACAAACUAUUGAACAGACGGAGCGCUGUCAAUGCAAAUACCAUUGGUGCUGUUAUGUAAAUUGUCAAAACUGUACUAGCCUAGUAAAAAGGCAAAUCUGUAAUUAAUUUUAAUAAUUCAUACAUAUAUAUAUAUUUGAGAUUUUAUUUUGCGAAAGAAUAUUUUAUGUUUUUUUAUAACC